AUGGCUCGGAUGGAGUUGCCUGUGGUGCUCGUGUUUCUCGUGGCUAGUUCCAACGGCCUAACCUGGCCGCCAACGGAACAGCCCACGAUUCCCUCCAACCCCGCGGAGCCUCCCAGUCCACUUGAUGACCCCUGCUUCACGGCUUUCUUGGAUAACCUUCUAAACUGCAUCGACUACCUGGAUCCCCAGGGCAACGAGACGGAGUCCAGCAAGGAGUGCUGCAGGGGUGUAAAGAGGUACUUGAAAGACCAACCCAAAUGCAUCUGAUUUCUCAUCAACUUCAAACCAGAGAACUUCCCCAUCCGUAUCGACGGGGGGAAGGUCCUCAAGCUCUUCAGUGUCUGCAAGGCGAGGAUCCCUUUGAUCAACCAGUGCUUCAGUGGGUCCCUUUUUUCCUCUACUUUCUUUUUCUUUCCUCUGUUCAUCGUCUUGCAACUGCUACAUCAUUUUCAUCGAUCCUUGUAAUGUUAUCUAUUUCUUCUCCCAGCCCCGACGCCAGUUGGACCGCCACCCGGCGCCUCGCCCCCGUGCAGCAAGAAGCUCUUCCCACUGAGAUCUUCCGAUCAUCACGCAUGAUUGUUUGUCGAGACGAGUUAUACGAAUAA